AUGUAUGAGGACUUCGAGUCCACUGGGGACUACUAUUUCCUCUGUGACACCGAGGGGCCAUGGGGCAUCGUUCUGGAGUGCCUGGCAAUAAUUGGCAUAGUGGUUACAGUUAUUCUGCUCUUGGCACUUAUCUUCCUCAUGCGAAAGAUUCAAGACUGUUGCCUGUGGAAUGUCCUCCCUACCCAGCUCCUCUUCCUCCUGGGUGUGCUGGGGCUCUUUAGCCUUGCUUUUGCCUUCAUCUUCCAGUUCAAUCAGCAAACUGCCCCUGUACGCUACUUUUUCUUUGGAGUUCUCUUUGCUCUCUGUUUCUCAUGCCUUUUGGCUCAUACCUUCUACUUGGUGAGGCUGGUCCGGGGUGGAGUCUCCUUCUCUUGGACGACAAUGCUGUGCAUUGCUAUUGGUUGUAGCCUGUUGCAGACAAUCAUUGCCAUUGAGUAUGUGUCGCUCAUAAUGACCAGAUGUAUGACAUUUGUGCACAUGGCACCCUGUCAGCUCAAUGUGGACUUUGUUGUACUCCUGGUCUAUGUCCUUCUCCUGAUGGCCCUCACCUUCUUCGUCUCCAGCGCCACCUUUUGUGGCCCAUGUGAGAACUGGAAGCAGCAUGGGAAGUUCAUCUUUGUCACUAUGCUCAUCUCCAUCCUUAUCUGGGUGGUGUGGAUCUCCAUGCUCAUGAGAGGCAAUCCACAGCUCCAGCGGCAGCCCCAGUGGGAUGACCCUGUCGUCUGCAUUGCCCUGGUCACCAAUGCGUGGGUUUUCCUGCUGCUGUACAUCAUACCUGAGCUCUGCAUUCUCUACAGAUCGUGUAAACAGCAAUGCCCUUUACCAGGCAACACCUGCUCAGCCCCAGCCUACAAGUGCAGCUUCAGAGCGGAAAACCAGGAACUCUCAAGAGCCCGAGACAGUGAUGGAGCUCAGGAGGAUGUAGCAUUAACUUCAUAUUCCGCCACAGCUAUUCAAGAACCUUACAAAGAGUUUCUUGUUAAGGAUAAGGGGAAAGAUGGUAAAGAAGUUCUGUUGUGGACUGUUGAUCCCACGCAAGUAUUUCAUCCCACGGGCUGA